CGUAUCUGAAGCGUCUCAUUCCCUCCGUUCCGUCUCGUGGCCAUCUCAACUCUGUGAAAUGCUGGGUAUGUAUUCUCUCAGGGAGCUUAACCCCGACAGAUUUCUUGAGUUGAGUUUUCGAAAUGUUGCAAUAGGAGUGUGGUUUAGCUCAGGUCUCGACGAGAUCUAUGGAUCCCGAUACGGUAAUAUCGGAGUUCACUUUCUCAGCUGGAGCUUAGUUCGCACUCCCUCAUGGUUGAUCUUCAGGAACAUUGCCUCACCUCUGCCGCGUCGCCUCCGUAUCCCAAUCCCUUCCGAGAGCCGCUGGUACUCAAAUGACACAUGCUUUGGUCUGAGCCAAAACUAUUUAUGGAGCUUAAACUUGCUGAUUGUUAUAAACUUGAGCCAUUAUUCUUUCUCCGAAGCAUCAUGUCUGUUUACAGUCUGCCAUUGCGCCUCAGUGCAAAGGGUUCACCUAGCCCAAAACCGUGAUGUUGUGCUUAAAUUGCCAUUAUUUGUACAUCUAUCACAGGUCAGUAGAGUUUUCAUUAGCUCUCAUUUUGUCACUGGCGCUAUUCGGUUUCAUGGUCCAUCAUAUAUGUUCGUCAGCGUAAAAUCUAGGACUUUUAUACUCUCCGGUUCUGUUGAGAUUCACCUAGUCUCUUCGUGGAACCUCGAUGUUGGAGCUAGAGCUGUUCAUGCUCUUUCCACCUCCUUCCAAACUUUGCAGUUUGGUAUAAUCAACGUCGGUUUCGACUACUUCAUGCUCGUGGUAGUAACCUAUUCAGGGAUACAUCUCAUGCUUCCCACGGUUCUCCAAUGGAUGAGCAAGACUCUCUCAUUUAGCUUUGUUAUCACUUGUUUUAUGUUAUGUUUUAUGAUCAUCAAACCGUCGAGGAUCCCUCGGGUUCUUAUCUUGUUACCGUUGAGCUUAGCUCCGGAUGUAAUGGUUUAAACUCUUUUAGAUUUAAUAUAAUCGUGUGUGUUACAAAAAAAAAAA